UAAUGAAGCGCCGAAUAUCUAUUUUAUUAUUCAUAGCCAAGAAAUACCACGUAGGUGCCUUCAGAUGACGCAAAUAAAGCCGUUGCAAGGUUUAAAGUCUCCCACCAACAUUGAUCCUCCUGGUUAACCAACACCAAAACACAACACCAGCAACAUUAGCAUUUCCACCAUCUGUCUGUCAGAACAAAAUGGCAGGCUUUUUACGUGGAAAACAAGCAGGUAUACAAAAUGAUCUAUCUGCCGGUAUCUUGCCAGGCUUGUUUGCGCCAGAUGAUUUGGAUCGUUUCGGUAUCAAUUCGCAAAUAGGGUAUGUUAACACUGCUACUCUGCUACUCUGCUACGCUGCUGCUCUGCUGCUCUGCUACCAUGUAACGAAUGAAGGGAUUCGAGGUCAAGCUAACUUCUAAACUUCUAUAGUUCUCUCGCAUAUGAUCCAGUACAAUCUUUACUUGCACUUGGAACGAACGAAACAACCUUUGGAAGCGGACAAAUUUACAUUUUUGGUCAGAAGAGAGUACAAGCAAAGCUUACAUUACCCCGCCGAGCAUCAGUCAAAACUCUACAAUUUUGCGCCGACAGACUUAUUAGUGUGGAUUCGAAGAACGAAGUUAUAGUAUGGGAUUUAGCUACAGCAAAGAAGUUGGCAGCUUAUUCCCCGCCAGGAAUUGUGACUACCAUUGUGACGGAUCCUAUGCUAGAUUGGUGUUUGAUAGGAUUACAAACGGGAGAUAUUAUAUGCUACGACUUGGAUAGAGAGAAGCUUGCGCCUUUACGGCUUCCGAAUUUCUGGCGCGAAAAGAAUCCAAAAUCGAGGUUGUUGAGCUGUGUAUCUUUACAAUUACAUCCCAGAGAUAUUGGGCAGUUAUUGAUAGGAUAUACGGAGGGAGCUGUAAUAUACUCGUUUAAACAAAACAAACCUGUCAAAUACUUUCAAUACGAAGUUCCAGCCGGAGCUCCUGGUGGGAAUGGAGAUCCUUUGGGGAAGAAUGCGUCUAGGCAACCGCGUCUCACGCAAGCUCUAUGGCAUCCAACUGGAACUUUCAUUGCUACAGCGCAUGAUGAUGCGAGCAUUGUAUUUUGGGAUCCUAAAGAUGGAAGAAUUGUGAUGGCUCGAACUCUACAAGAUACGCAUGUGAAUGUACCUGGAUCUCAGCCGCAAGGUUCUAGCAACUCGCUCGGUACAUUCUCCCUCAAGGAAGAUUUUGCAAAAAUAGCUUGGUGCUGCAAAGAAAACCCGGAUGAUACUGGUCUUCUUGUGGCUGGAGGGGUCCCAACCACGACGCCUACCAAAGGUUUGACAUUUAUAGAGUUGGGUGUAACUCCUGUUUAUGCGACGUCAACUUGGCAAGUCUUGACCGAUCACUUUAAUGCAAAACGUCAACAUUUCCUUUCAACUCCUACUGGGGCAGACAUUACAGAUUUUUGUCUCAUUCCUCGUACUUCUCCACAUUUUGCCGGAGCUCAAGAUCCUAUUGCCAUUAUUGCACUUCUCACAUCGGGUGAGUUAGUUACAUUAAGCUUCCCUAGUGGCCAUCCUGUGUCUCCUACGAACCAACUUCACCCCUCCCUUUCCUUUGUCCAUCCGUUUGUCAAUUUCAUGGCAGUAUCUGCCGUUGAUAGAGGUCGAUGGCUUGGCAUGACAGAAACUCGUGCUAUGGGUCCACCAAUUCUGAAAGGAGGUGCAGAAGGAGUGAAACAUCUACGGAGAUACGAAGCACGUAAUAUCAUUCAAACAGCCCACGGAGAUGGCACAGUCAGAAUUUGGGACGCUGGCCAUGGAGAUGAAUUGGAAAACUCUAGUUCACUACAGGUUGAUAUCGCCAGAGCAGUCGCACGUUUCGAAGAUGUCAAUAUUUCUACAAUUAGUAUGGCCUCAGCUACCGGGGAGUUAUGUGUUGGCACGACUGCUGGUGAAGUGGUAGUUUAUAGAUGGGGUGGCAACAGAGCUUACGGUAGCGAGCAGUCUCCGAAUGAGACUCAACCCGGUGGUAUCACAGAUAUUUCUAUUCGUGCUGAGCCAUCUCUCAAAGAAGGUCUACAACCAUUCAUUCUCUAUGAUAUGCCGCAAGGGUCUAUAAGUGCGACACGAAUGUCAGAUGUUGGAUUCGUAGGAGUUGGAUCUGAAGGUGGACUUUUUUCAAUCAUAGAUCUCCGAGGACCAUCUGUCAUUUUCAGCGCCGCAAUGAGUGACUUCAUUAAGCAAGAUAAGAGAAGUAGUUUCAUGAGAAAGGGAAGUAGCCAAACAUCUGCAAGAUCUGAGUGGCCUGUCUGUAUUGAGUUUGGCGUUAUGACACUGGAUGAUGAUAAAUACUCUAGCAUUGCUUGUUUCGUAGGAACAAACAAUGGUAAAGUUGCCACAUUCAAAAUUCUACCACAGCAGAAUGGUGGAUAUACAGCUCAAUUUGCAGGAGUGACAGCCUGCUCCGACAAGGUAAUUUCAAUUACGCCAAUUGUGGCCGAAACUGGAAAACCUGCAUCAGCAACUGGGCCUACAGUAGCUGCGCUUCGCAGUGGACAGCAAACUAAUGGCGCUCUUGUAGUUGGUAAGAUAACCGUGGGUGUGUGCUGCUACUGAUCUUCUUUCGUAUGGGAGGAGGUCAGCAGCUUGCCAUGCCUAUCAUCACUCCUUCAUUUGCUAAAUCCUUGAUUCAACAUUCCACAACAUGGUACUAAUAGUUGUACAGUAACCCAAACGGAAGCUCGCAUCUUUAAACCUUCAAGUGCCAAAGGUGCCCACAAAACAUUCGAUGAUGUUUUUUGUGAUUCCGCUGCCGUCACCGAAUUCGAACUUCAUGGUUUCGCACUCGUUGGCGUUUUCGGUGAUGGAACAACCCGUGCUUACUCGCUACCAGCAUUGAAAGAAAUUGGCAUGGCCAAGCUUGACAUGCUGGACAAGACUCGUUCUUCAAACAGUGUCGUAACGCCUUCUGGGGACAUUCUAGGUUGGACGGGCCCAAGUGAGAUUGCAAUGGUUAAUGUCUGGGGAACCGGACUACCACUCGGCAGAAGCCAGGAUAAGCUAUUCAAUCCCGAAGCAUUAAUCCCUCCACGUCCCACCAUUUCAAAUCUCCAAUGGAUAUCAGGAACUCAAUACGUUUCUCCCACUGAUCUGGAUAUUCUGAUUGGUGGUCCCGAUCGCCCGCCUAGUAAACGCAUGCUUGCGGCGUCAGCGGAGGAAGAACGUCUAGCUAGAAUUUCUGGUGGUGGUGGAGCAGGACCUAGUGGAACUCAAGAGGGAUGGGGUGACUAUAUGACAAGACAACUAAACGAGAGGACGGAGAAACUUAAUAUUAUGGGCGAUAAUUUGGAUAAGGUGCAGGAGAAUAGUGCGGGAUGGGCCGAUGAUGUUAGCAAGUAUGUCAACAAACAGAAGAGGAAUAUGUUGCUGGGAGGAAUUACUGGAAAGUGGUUUUAGGACAUGGAGAUUGUAUGGACAAUAAUAGAUAGGAUGUAUGGAUGGGCGUUCUUGGGAUUUAGCGGAUACCUGGUAUGGGAAUUAUACCUCGAGAAUGCUUGAAAGAUUAUGUGUCUACUUGACAUUGCGAGCGUGUGAGUUCCUAGGCGUUAGAUUUUGGGCUGGAUUUCAUAUCUCAUAUGACAUCUAUAUCAUAAAAAUAGCCAUUGCGGUUCAAUAUAUGACUUCAAAAUG